CUUGUUCAGAAAACACAACAGCAAAGCGCGCCAAAUCAGUAUACCACUCUAGUGUAGUAUACAAUAAAUCGGGCUGCCGGUGACAACCAAAUUGCCGACCCAAAAACCUCCCUAGCAAUAGCAUGGGCAAGCAAAAGCAGCAGGUGAUUUCCCGCUUCUUUGCUCCCAAACCUAAAAUCAACGAUUCAUCAACUCCACCAACAGCCCCUCCAUCUUCUUCGUCUCCGAUUUCAAGCCCCAAAAUCUCUGCCACUGUCUCUUUCUCACCCGCCAAAAGAAAACUCCUAUCAUCCCACCUCACCUCCUCCCCCAAAAGGCCCAAACUUUCCCCUCACACCCAAAAUCCCAUUCCCACUCCCUCUGUCCACCAGAAGUUCCUCGAAAAACUUUUAGAACCCUCCCCUGGAAUCCCACAGCCGUCCUCCACUCAAUCUUCAAUUCCCAAAAAGUACACCCCAUUAGAACAGCAAGUGCUGGACCUAAAGAAUAAGUAUCCAGAUGUCCUUUUGAUGAUUGAAGUUGGUUACAAGUAUCGAUUCUUUGGGGAGGAUGCGGAGAUUGCGGCCAGAGUGCUGAGGAUUUAUGCCCACAUGGAUCACAAUUUUAUGACGGCUAGUGUGCCAACUUUUCGAUUAAAUGUCCAUGUCAGAAGAUUGGUCAGCGCAGGGUAUAAGGUUGGAGUUGUUAAGCAGACUGAGACCGCGGCUAUUAAGGCUCACGGGGAUAACAAGACAGGCCCAUUUUGCAGAGGGUUAUCGGCCUUGUAUACGAAGGCGACAAUGGAGGCAGCGCAGGAUGUUGGUGGAAGGGAGGAGGGUUGUGGUGGAGAGAGCAAUUAUCUCUGCUGUGUCGUGGACAAGAGUGUUUUGUUGGAGAAUGCUGAUCGUGGUUUUGAUACAAGGAUUGGGUUUAUAGGUGUUGAGAUUUCUACUGGGGACGUUGUUUAUAGUGAGUUUGAUGAUGUUUUUUUAAGGAGUGGGCUUGAGGCUGUAGUUUUGAGCUUAUCUCCAGCUGAGUUGCUUCUUGGGGACCCACUUUCUAAACAAACUGAGAAGUUGCUACUGACAUAUGCUGGACACUAUUCAAAUGUCCGCGUGGAGCGUGCCUCACGAGAUUGCUUUAAUGAUGGUGGAGCACUUGCUGAGGUGAUGUCUUUAUAUGAGAAUAUGGCUGAAGCUAAGGCAGAAGACAGUGAAAAGGAGGUGGGGUGGACAGAACAUGGCAAUAAUCAUCUGGAUAUUGAGGGAAUUAUGAACAUGCCAGAUUUGGCUAUGCAAGCGUUGGCAUUAACUAUCCGUCAUCUAAAACAGUUCAGAUUAGAAAAAAUUUUGUGCCUUGGUGCUUCAUUUCGGACGUUCUCAAGCAACAUGGAGAUGAAUCUUUCAGCCAACACGCUUCAACAGUUAGAGGUUUUGAGGAAUAACUCAAAUGGGUUGGAGUCCGGCUCAUUGCUGCAUGUCAUGAAUUAUACUCUAACUGUUUCUGGUUCUAGGCUACUGCGCCACUGGGUGACCCAUCCUUUAUGUGAUAGAAAUAUGAUAUCUGCCCGUCUUGAUGCUGUUUCUGAGAUUGCAGAAUCCGUGGGAUCUUACAGAGCUUCUCAAAAUGUUGGAAGCAUUGAUGAAGAAAAUUCUGAUGUAGCAAUUGUACAACCUGACUUCUAUUCUUUGCUUUCUACUGUUUUGACUAACUUGGGAAGGUCACCAGACAUUCAACGUGGAAUAACAAGAAUUUUUCAUCGGACUGCCACUGCUUCUGAGUUCAUUUCAGUUAUUCAAGCUAUAUUGCAUGCUGGAAAACAAUUUCAGCAACUUCAUGCUGAAGAUGAGCACAACAAUAAGAAAGUUCGAGCAAAGACUGUGCGCUCAGUUCUAUUAAAAAAACUGAUAUUUACUGUGUCGUCAUCUAGUGUAGUUGGUAAUGCUGUAAAACUUUUGUCCACCCUGAAUAAAGAAGCAGCUGAGCGCGGGGAUCUGGCAAACUUAAUUGUCAUUCAUAAUGACCAAUUUCAAGGGGUUGCAAGUUCCCGGAAAGCAGUUCAAUUGGCAAAGGAGAAGUUGGAUUCGUUAAUAUGCUUGUAUCGCAAGCAGCUAAAAAUGCACAAUUUGGAAUUUAUGAGUGUAUCUGGAAACACACAUUUGAUAGAGUUGCCUGCAGAUGUCAGAGUACCUGUAAAUUGGGUGAAGGUAAACAGUACUAAGAAGACAACUCGCUAUCACCCGCCUGAAGUUUUGACUGCCUUAGACCAGUUAUCACUGGCCAAUGAGGAGCUCAUGGUCAUCUCCCGAGCAGCAUGGGAUAAUUUCCUAAGGGGUUUUGAGAAAUAUUAUGCGGAGUUCCAAGCUGUUGUUCAAGCACUUGCUGCUUUGGAUUGUUUGCAUUCACUUGCCUGUCUUUCAAAAAACAAGAAUUAUGUCCGUCCAGUGUUUGUGGAUGACAGUGAACCUGUUCAGAUACACAUUUCUUCUGGUCACCACCCGGUUUUGGAGACCAUAUUACAAGACAGUUUUGUCCCAAAUGAUACCCAUUUGCAUGCAGAUGGAGAGCAUUGUCAGAUAGUCACUGGACCCAACAUGGGGGGAAAAAGUUGCUAUAUUCGUCAAGUUGGUCUCAUUGCAAUGAUGGCUCAGGUUGGGUCCUUUGUACCAGCAUCAUCAGUAAAAUUGCAUGUGCUAGAUGGGAUCUACACUCGAAUGGGAGCUUCUGACAGCAUCCAACAAGGGAGAAGUACCUUUUUAGAAGAGCUGAGUGAAGCUUCUGAUAUACUCCACAAAUGCACAGCACGUUCACUGGUUAUCAUGGAUGAGCUUGGUAGAGGCACAAGUACACAUGAUGGUGAAGCGAUUGCUUAUGCUACGUUACACCAUCUACUGGAAGAUAAGAGAUGCAUGGUACUCUUUGUAACCCACUAUCCUAAGAUCGCUGAUAUCAAAACUGAAUUCCCAGGCUCUGUGGGGACAUACCACGUUUCGUACCUGACUUCAGAGAAAAAUACAGAUGCAAUGGACUCAAAAUUCUGUGAUGAAAAUGUCACUUACCUUUACAAGCUGGUGCCUGGUGUGUCGGAGAGGAGUUUUGGAUUUAAGGUUGCGCAGCUGGCACAGUUACCUUCAUCAUGUAUCAGACGGGCCACCAUCAUGGCUGCAAAGCUAGAAUUGGCUGUAAGCCGCAGAAUGGGAAGCAAAUUGGAUAAAAGGCAGUUGCUGGAGGUACUGAGAAGUGAUUUGGAACAUGAAACCCGGGACUGCAUUUCAGAAUCUUCUGACUCCUUCCCUACUGGAAGUAUGGACAAUAACGAAGUAUUAAGUAAUGCUUAUCAGAAAUUAUUUAUGAACUUGAAGUUUGCAGUAGUUAAUGGAGAUCCUGCUAAAAGCUUGCAGUUUUUGGAGAAAGCUAUAACCAUAGUAUCAUGUGUCAAGCAGCUUUCGAGAUAAGGAGAUCAAUGACGGCUAGAGUUGGCAGGAAAUUUUUGUUUAGACUCUUCUGGAUUCAAAAUGUAAAUAUACAAUACCCAUGUAUUUAAAAGGGGUGGAGUUGUACGCUAUUUAAAUUUUUGUAUAGAGAAAAUUUAAUCACAUGAUGUUUUGUUUAUUUAUUUACUACUUUUCUCUCUCUA